UUGGUGAUUACGGCUCGAUGUGCGGCCGAAGACGGCGCCGCACGAGGGAGCAUGCUGGUGCACCUCUUGGUUUUUUGCACCGCCCUCGUGGCUGUCAAUAGUGGCAAACACGGAGGUGUAGACGCGCCCGAGUUUGGUGAACCUCUCACCAACCUGACGGUUCCCAUCGGGCGUGACGCCACAUUCCAGUGUACUGUCGUCAAUCUAGGCAAUUACCGGGUGGGUUGGGUGAAAGCGGAUACAAAAGCGAUCCAAGCAAUCCACGAGCUAGUGAUCACGCACAACCACCGCGUAUCCGUGUCACACAGCGACCACUUCACCUGGUACCUACACAUCAAAAACGUACAAGAAGAGGACCGAGGGCAAUAUAUGUGCCAGAUUAAUACUGAUCCUAUGAAGAGUCAAAUGGGAUUUUUAGAAGUUGUAAUUCCACCUGAUUUUAUACCUGAGGAGACGUCGGGUGAUACUAUGGUGCCAGAAGGAGGAACGGCACGAGUAUCCUGCAAAGCGCGAGGAAUCCCUCCACCACGUGUGAUGUGGAAGAGAGAAGAUGGACAAGAAAUUGUCGUGAGGGAUCAAAAUGGAUCAAAAACCAAAGUAUUAUCAUAUCAAGGUGAAGUACUGAAGUUGACAAAGAUAUCAAGAUCUGAAAUGGGAACAUAUCUAUGUAUCGCGAGUAAUGGAGUUCCACCUACAGUUAGUAAGAGGAUUCAUAUAAGCGUUCAUUUUCAUCCUGUAAUCCAAGUACCUAACCAACUUGUUGGCGCGCCCCUCGGCACUGAUGUUACCCUCGAGUGCUAUGUUGAGUCUUCACCCAAAUCUAUCAAUUAUUGGGUUAAAGAUCCAGGUGAGCUGAUAAUACCAUCUGAGCACCACGAGAUGACUGUGAGACAAAAAUCUAUGUUCGAAGCUGAAAUGACCAUGACUAUUAAAAAUAUUCGCAGAGAAGACUUAGGAAGUUAUAUUUGCGUAGCGAAAAACUCUCUUGGCGACGUUGAAAGCAAGAUUCGUUUAUAUGAAAUACCGGGUAACGACAGACAUAUUUACCAAUAUUUGGAUGAGAAGACUACGUCAGACGAUGAGUAUGGUACAGAAAUGUACGAUGAUGAUGACAUCUCAAAUAACGACGAUAACGAGAAAAGCAACCGAGUACCAGACCGGGCUAAUAAAUGGUACUCCAACGAUGGUAAGAUUGUCGUGAUGAGUGUAAACCACGCGCCCAACGUAUUAACCGCAACGUUAACCAUAACUGCGAUCUUACUACUUCCUACGCUUAUUUAA